CCGAAUCUUUCUUGUGCAUUAGAACUAAGUGUUCCAUUAUGGCUUGUCGAAUGAACGACACUGAUGGAAGUUGCAUUAACAAUAGUACUACAGUUUUCGAUGAAGGAAAACUUCUAGCAUCAUACAGUAUCAAGUCUAUCAUUCGGCAUCCUGAAAUCAAGUCGAAUCCUUGUGAAGUGGACAAUGGCGGCUGUGAACACCACUGUUUGCUUAAGCAAUCGAGUGUCGAUGGUGACUUGGAUCGAGGUUGCAUUUGCAGAGAGGGAUAUCGUUUGACGGAAAACGUUAAAAACUGUACCAAAAUUAAGGUUACCGAUGUCUACGAUGACUUUUAUCUGCAAAACCCAAUGAACUUGUCAUCGCUGUCGAAUCUUUCCAGUGAAAAUAUUUACCCUAUAUCAAGAAACCUGUUGUACCGGUUGAAAUACGAAAGACCAAAUCGCGUCUUCGUUCAAUCGCCUUUUGUCUAUUUGGAAAUAGAUGAGAAUGGCAAAAGAGUUCAAGAAAAGCAAUUUGGAGAACGAGACUCUAUGACAUCUGAUGAGAAUCAAGAUUAUGCACUCGCGUUUAUCGGUCUGGGUCAUGUCAUGUCUUAUAGCUGUAGAAAUGCUGAUCGAGAUCUAGUGUGGUCGAGAAACUCAUCAUUAGCCCAAGUUGUGACCUACGAUUGGAUCACUAAAAAUGUAUACUACGUUAAUUUAUCAAACAAUAGCGAUGAACAGCCUGAACUCCUGGUAUUCAGAUUCGAAUUACCGGGAAGAUUGUGUGUGAGGGACCAGAAAGAGGUUUCGCACUACCUAAGUCAACACGUCGUGAGCAUAGCUAAAAUUCCAGAACCUGCAUCGAUGGAGAUACAUCCAUACAAAGGUUACAUCUUCGCAUCGCUCCGUAAUGGAUCACUCAUAAGACUGGACACGGAUGGUUCCAAUAGAAUAGACUUUCCUAAUGUCAAUAAUUCCGUCAUUUUGGCGACGGAUUUGAGCGAAGACAAAGUCUAUUGGUUGGACUCUGAUGGGUACGUAAACUACGCGAAUCUAGAUGGAAGUGAUCCUGGGCAACUGUUCAAGAAUCCGAUAAACCAAACGUUGACCAUGAAAAUUUUUGGUAACUGGGUCUAUAUGACAGAAAAAACAGGCGAAAACUGGAAUGGUGACAAACUAAAGUUAUGGCGCUUCAACAAAGUAACAGGGAAAGCAUCAGGAACUCUAGAAGAUUUAAGCAAAAAGAGUCAAUUGUACCGUGAAAGUUUGGGCUUCAAAGUAAGGGACAAAGACGCGAAGUACGUCAACGUUGACGAUAAUCCAUGCGCCGUCAGUAAUGGAGGUUGCGAAUCAAUCUGCUUCGCAGUACCGUCGAAGGAAGGCUCUGGCAAACUACGAAAAGUUUGUGCUUGCGAUUCGGAUCAGAUUCUUUUGGAACAUAAUGAUAAGUGCCAAUAUCUGAAAAACGAGGAGCCAGAAAAUGAGUCUGAGGAAUACGAGGAUGAAUAAAAUGAUUGUUUCCUAUUCCCGAUGUCUGUGAUAGUAUAUUUAUCAAAUAAAUAAUUUGUAGUCCGUAAAUCUGUAGUACUGCUGAAAUAAAUAAUAUGUUGUAACCACGAAAA